GCGGCCAACCAAAUGAUCCGGCAGGCGAUGAACCCGCAGGCCAUCCGGUCGAUGCUGGAGAUGCAGCGGGCCAUGGGCGGUGGCACGGGCGGUGGCAUGGAUUUCAGCAGCCUCCUGGGGGGAGGCCCUGCGUCGGGCACGCCGACGUCGUCGUCGUCGUCGCCGCAGGACCUCUCCUCCGUCAUGGAACAGAUGCGGGCCAUGAUGGGCGGCGCGGCGGCUACCGGUGGAGCCGCCGGCUUUUCCAAUCCCUGGUUGCAACCACAAACGCAACCACAACAAACGCAACCGCCACAACACCCGGCCGACCGGUACCGGAGCCAGCUCGAAUCCCUCCGGGCCAUGGGCUUUGACGACGAGCGGCGGUGCCUCGAACUCCUGCAGAGGCACCACGGGAACCUCAACCGGGCCGUCGAUGCCCUCCUCUCGGAGCCGGAAGCCCAAGCCCCACAAGUGGAAGCCGCAGCGACGACGGAAGCGCCAACGGAAGCGCAAGCACAAGCACCGCUUGCCGCAAAUGAUCCCUCCCCCGAGCCACCCCUCCACGAUCCCAAGGACGCGAGGGACAAAAAAGACGACUAAACAAAAGCCGAGCGGGAAACGAAACGAAACGAAUGGUGCAGCACCCGCUUCGAUGAACCUUCACUUGUGCACGAAUCCAUCCACGCGGCAUGGCACUACUAGUACUCCUAGAACCGAAAACGAACGCAAGGAACACGACCACGACAAUAGUAAAAUAAUGUGAUGUUAUAGCG